UUACUACGCCAACGACCUAUCUAGCUAGUUCAAAAAUGAAUCGAAAAGUCAAUGCCUUCGCGUCUCUUCUUCCCGUUCAGAUUUCUGCCAUGACUGACCUCUUCUUCUCCCUCUACUCUAUAUAAAUCCAUCUCCGACACUGCGCUGAACCCAAGCUUCUCUCUCUCUCUCUCUCUCUCUCUCUCUCUCUCUCUCUCUCUCUCUCUCUCUCUCUCUCUCUGUGCAUCAGCGGCAGUAGUGGUUUCUUGAGCUGCUCUGUUUCUGUUUUGUUGCUGCAUCGACCUUGUGCUCUGCUGCUGCUGCCAGAAAAGAUAUGGAUCUGCUGAACCAGGAGCAGAUCUCCGAGUUCCGGCAGGCCUUCUCCUUCUUCGACAAGGACGGCGACGGCUGCAUCACGGUGGAGGAGCUGGCCACCGUGAUGGGCUCGCUGCAGGGCCAGCGCCCCAGCGCCGAGGAGCUCCGCGAGAUGAUCCGCGACGCCGACGCCGACGGCAACGGCACCAUCGAGUUCGCCGAGUUCCUGGGGCUCAUGGCGCGCAAGACCGCCAAGGACGGCGCCGGCGACGCCGACGAGGAGCUCCGCGAGGCCUUCAAGGUCUUCGACAAGGACCAGAACGGCUACAUCUCCGCCACCGAGCUGCGGCACGUGAUGAUCAACCUCGGGGAGAAGCUGACGGACGAGGAGGUGGAGCUGAUGAUCCGGGAGGCGGACCUCGACGGCGACGGCCAGGUCAACUACGACGAGUUCGUCAGGAUGAUGAUGCUCUCCAACGGAGCAGCCAACCACCACCAUUGAAUCCCCAAGCGCACGCGGCUGCGUCGUCCACAUGUAGCAUAGGUCUAAGAGUGCUCCACCUCAGCUGAUCAACUUCCUCCAUCUUCUCCGAUGGAGAAGAGUUGGCUAGCCAUGCAUGGAUCUCUGUGGAUCUCUUCGUUGUUGAAUGAUUAUUCUUCAUUUGUAAGCGAAUAAUCAAUUUAUUAAUCAAUUAGUCAAACGGUGAGAUGUUGGAUAGGAAUUUGGAUUUGAUUAA